AAAAAAAAAAAAAGGCGAGAGAAAGUGAAUUUCCAUCCAGGAAGAUUAAGGAUCCCCUUCUGAGUACUUUAAAAAGGUUAUCUAUUUGUGCUGAGGGAAGAGGUAGAAUAUUAGGGAACCAAUAAGAUAACUUCUCUUUUGGAGAGAUUUCCAAAGUCCUUCUAUCCUCAGAAAUUCUCAUGUUCCUCCCCAGGGACAGAAAAAUCCUCCUUACUGUCUAAUCUCCAUCUCUCCUAUUGCAAUGCUAGCCACUCCCUCUGCCCUCAUGGAGCCCAGCCUUUCCCCUGGCCUCAGACAAAAUCUCUUUAGAGCCCUGUAGUUUGGAGUGUUGAGAGAGAUUCCAUUUCAACCUUUUCACCAUCCGUUCUCUGCCCCUCACCCUAUUCUCUUCUUCUUGGGGAUGUCAAUUCCUGUUCUGAGCCCGCCCCCCACCCAGGCCCUUUUCCGGUGGUAUGUGCCAGCCGGUCCUGCAUCCCACAUCCCCAGCUGUUGACAUUUCAUUGCCAUUACCCACAGAAUAAAGAAAGAGGCCCUGUUAUUCAACAAUAGGGGAAAAGACAGAGACAAUGGGAAAUUGUGCUUCCGAUGGGGUGGGGACUGAGAAGGAAAGGACAGACAGACAGACAGACAGGGGGUUGUACAGAAGAGGUCCGGUUUCCUGAAGCAGCUGGAAGUCCUGGAUAGUUCCCACCUGAAAGUCUGUUUGCAAAGGCAAUGCGCACUCAGGCACCAGAGGGCAGAGGGGCUCAAGUUCCAGGGUUUUAAGGUGCUUGGAACUCCCAGGAGCCUGGCAAACCUUCAUCCAGAACCUCUUCCUCAAGCAAGACAAAAAGCUGCUAAGCACUGCUCCCUCCGUCUCUGUGAAGAGACCAGCUUCUAACAGACAGUGCUGGGCUGACCCCCCAUCAUGCCAGGCUGGCUCACCCUCCCCACACUCUGCCGCUUCCUUCUUUGGGCCUUCACCAUCUUCCACAAAGCCCAAGGAGACCCAGCAUCCCACCCGGGCCCCCACUACCUCCUGCCCCCCAUCCACGAGGUCAUUCACUCUCAUCGUGGGGCCACGGCCACGCUGCCCUGCGUCCUGGGCACCACGCCUCCCAGCUACAAGGUGCGCUGGAGCAAGGUGGAGCCUGGGGAGCUCCAGGAAACGCUGAUCCUCAUCACCAACGGACUGCACGCCCGGGGGUAUGGGCCCCUGGGAGGGCGCGCCAGGAUGCGGAGGGGGCAUCGACUAGACGCCUCCCUGGUCAUCGCGGGCGUGCGCCUGGAGGACGAGGGCCGGUACCGCUGCGAGCUCAUCAACGGCAUCGAGGACGAGAGCGUGGCGCUGACCUUGAACUUGGAGGGUGUGGUGUUUCCGUACCAACCCAGCCGGGGCCGGUACCAGUUCAAUUACUACGAGGCGAAGCAGGCGUGCGAGGAGCAGGACGGACGCCUGGCCACCUACUCCCAGCUCUACCAGGCUUGGACCGAGGGUCUGGACUGGUGUAACGCGGGCUGGCUGCUCGAGGGCUCCGUGCGCUACCCUGUGCUCACCGCGCGCGCCCCGUGCGGCGGCCGAGGCCGGCCCGGGAUCCGCAGCUACGGACCCCGCGACCGGAUGCGCGACCGCUACGACGCCUUCUGCUUCACCUCCGCGCUGGCGGGCCAAGUGUUCUUCGUGCCCGGGCGGCUGACGCUGUCUGAAGCCCACGCGGCGUGCCGGCGACGCGGAGCCGUGGUGGCCAAGGUUGGGCACCUGUACGCCGCCUGGAAGUUUUCGGGGCUAGACCAGUGCGACGGCGGCUGGCUGGCUGACGGCAGUGUGCGCUUCCCAAUCACCACGCCGAGGCCGCGCUGCGGGGGGCUCCCGGAUCCCGGAGUGCGCAGUUUCGGCUUCCCCAGGCCCCAACAGGCAGCCUAUGGGACCUACUGCUACGCCGAGAAUUAGGCGCCCACCGUGUCCCCUCCAGCGCGCGCGAAGAAGCUUGGGAGUCGUGGCGGGGUUCUCUCGCCACCCCUUUCCGGAGAGCCUCCCCUCCCUCCAGACCCGGAGCGGCCUCUCCAGACCUGCUUUCCCAGCCGGGGGCUGCGGGCCUCGGACCCCGGCUGGCCCGGCGGCGGGGAGGGGAGGCGGGGGCGCCCCCGGCGGCGAGAUGCGGAGGUGACUCUCGGACCCGCUGCCGUUCGCGAACCCUAGCAGAGGACUCAGCCACCGCCGGGGGGAGGGAGAGGCGGCCGGGGGCAUUAACUGACCUCUGAGUACAGCAAUAAAAUAACCUGGGGAUCUUU